CAUCAAUCAGAGCAGACUCCAAAAGCACGACUCAGUGUUUAACGCCAACGUUCGAGGCAAAAAUGGAGACGCUGGCAAACGUAUUUUCGGUGUUAGAACUGGACGCCGAUGAUAGUGAAGUGUCCAACUCUGUUGCUUCUGCAGCCACUGGAAGCACCAGCUCCUCAGGUAGAUCUGAGAAGAGAGUUGAUGGUUCUUCUAACACUUCAUUGGUUAAACAUGAGAAACAAACCCAACAAGGCAUUAUGCCUCCUUCAAGUGAAUACAGGUUGCCUCUUGUUUGGAUUGACUUAGAAAUGACUGGUUUGAAUAUUGAAGUGGAUCGCAUACUGGAGAUUGCUUGUAUAAUAACAGAUGGAAAUUUAACGAAAACAUUAGAGGGUCCUGAUUUGGUCAUCCAUCAAACUAAGGAGUGUUUGGAUAAGAUGGGAGAAUGGUGUCAAAGUCAUCAUGCAGCCAGUGGGUUAACUAAGAAGGUUCUGCAAAGUACUAUUAGUGAAAGAGAAGCUGAAAAGCAGGUUAUUGAAUUUGUGAAAAGAAAUAUUGGUUCACAUACACCUCAUCUAGCAGGAAAUUCGAUAUAUGUGGAUCUUCUGUUUCUAAAGAAAUAUAUGCCAGAAUUAGCUGCUCUCUUCUCUCAUGUGCUGGUUGAUGUUAGUAGCGUUAAAGCACUCUGCAUUCGCUGGUAUCCAAAGGAUCAGAGGAAAGCACCCACAAAGGAAAACAAACAUAGAGCCAUGGAUGAUAUCAGAGAAAGCAUUGAGGAACUCAGGUACUACAAGGCAAACAUUUUUAAACCCAAGAUUAGGAAGUGAUACAAAUUUGCAGAUAAGAAUUGGUGCUGACGAGUCUUAAUGGGAGGAUAAGUGUCAAUCCUUCCUGGCACCAGCAUUUGUUAUGGAAGAAUUAAGCACUAAGUUGUUUUGUAAAAUUAUACUCCUAAUUGUAAAAUCUCAUUUGAUCUAUGAUUUACUACCUCCGGUCUUAAUUAUAAGAUUUCUUUUAUAGUCUAUAAAUGAGAUCUUAUAAAUAGGACCGGAAGUAGUGUAUGGAAACCUGAUAAAAUAUCAAUUCCUUCUCACUGCAAUCAUGUAAAUAUAUUGAAUGGAGGAAAAGAAAUGUAUAUUUUACAUGAUGAUGCUUGAAGGAAAUAUAUGAUGGCAAGGAACUAGUAAUUUUUUACUUACCAA